UUAUGCGUGCCGCCAUAUUGUAGACGGAGUUGAUUGUUUGUGCAGUGGAAGAAGACGUAAAUUAAAGAAACAACGCAUGAUAUUCAUAAUAAUAUGUAUAAAUUUUUUCGUAAUUUUAGUUGAGAGCUUACUUUCAGUUUCGUAAUAAUUUAGGCGUAGGUGCAGCUGCAUUUUACAGCUUAUGGCUUCGUAUUGUAAUUAAUAUUCCUGAUAUUUGAGAGAUGGCGUGUUUAAACAAUUUAAAGCAAGAUAUUAAAACGUUAGAAUCCCUUUUUCCUAAAGGACAUGAAUUAUUUCAAAUAACUGCUGCAUCAGUUGAUGAAUUAACUUGUAGAUUUAUUAGUCGCAACGGAAAGAAGUAUGACAUACACGCGAACAUCACUGAAACUUAUCCAUCAACUCCUCCUGUAUGGUUUGCAGAAACAGAAGAUCCAUGUAUCACCAGUGCUGUUCAAAUAUUAACUAACACCUCUGGUAGAGAUAACUUGGUUCCUCAGCAAGUUAAACUUCUUAUUAGUGAAUUGUGCAGGCUACACAAUGUUCAAGAGCCUACAGAACUGAAUAACUUGCAACCCACUUUUGUUGCACAGGAAAUUUCCUUCCAGAUAUCUGAAGAUGAAUUGGAAAGUAAUUCUGAAGAUGAUGAAGAAACAGAAGAUGAUAUCCAUAUUGAAAUGGAAGAUGAUACUAGUCCUGAAAAAAGUAAAGAUGAAGAUAUUAGUAGUGAACACACAGCCACUCUUGAAAGGCUACGCCAAAAUCAACGUCAAGAUUACCUCAGAGGAUCAGUUUCCGGAUCUGUACAGGCAACUGAUCGCUUAAUGAAAGAAUUGAGAGAAGUUUAUCGCUCGGAGAGCUUCAAAAAAGGUGUUUUCACUGUUGAGCUUGUCAAUGAUAGCCUUUAUGAAUGGAAUGUUAAGCUCCUAAAAGUCGAUCCUGACAGUCCACUACAUAACGAUUUAAAUCUUCUAAAGGAUCGAGAAGGAAAAGACAGUAUUCUAUUGAAUAUUCUUUUCAAGGAAGCAUAUCCAUUUGAACCUCCUUUUAUUCGGGUUGUCCAUCCAAUGAUUACUGGUGGAUAUGUUCUUGGAGGAGGGGCUAUUUGCAUGGAAUUGCUCACAAAACAGGGUUGGAGUAGUGCCUAUACAGUUGAAGCUAUUAUUCUCCAGAUUGCAGCAACGUUAGUGAAAGGCAAAGCUCGUAUACAAUUUGGAGGGAACAAAGGUACAGUUGGACAUGUAACGGUUGGGGUGAGUAGCCAAUACAGCUUAGCAAGAGCACAACAGUCCUUUAAAUCCUUAGUACAAAUUCAUGAAAAAAAUGGUUGGUUUACUCCUCCAAAAGAAGAUGGUUGAGAGAAAAGAUUCCAAAUAAAGCUUAGAAGUUUUAUAACGAGCAACUGCAACUAGCAUUACUCCUUCUGUUUUGACAUCUUUUUUUAUACUGAGGACUGUUCAGUGGUGCUUUUUGCAUAAAACACUAAAACUCCUGCAUUGUUUAUGAAGAUGUUAAAGAACACUGUGAUGAUGCUCAUAGUAGUAUGCAAUAAAAUGCUAAGUAGCAGAAAAAUAAUAAACACUGAAAGACUUAAACAUCAGUAUUCAAAAUUUGUGGCUAACUGCCCCCUUAUUUUUUACUUCCUGAUUUAGAAAAAAAUUACAAAGUGUCUCGAUAUUGUAAUUGCAUGUGUUUUUUCAGUAAAAAGAAUUUUGUGAAUUUAUUUGUAUUGUAUUGAUAUUUGAAAAAUUUUCUUAUCUGAUUGGCCAGAAUAUUCUUUCUGUUUUGUUAAACAAGUCUUUAGCAGUGCAUAUUAAUUUUUCAAAAUAAAAAAAAUUU